AUGGGUUGUCGCUGGAGAAGUCUUCCGUUUACGUUGCUGUCAUUUUUCGUUAUCUGGAACGUGUUUUACUCAGAAAUUCAGGGUAACCCACUUCGAUUAAAAAAGUACAACAGACCACUCGAACAGAAAGACGAGCGUCUAUGGAGUAUAUUUAAAAGUCGGAAAAAGAGGACGAUCGAGGUGCCAGAUGUCAUCAGCAAAAAAGAUGAUAACUAUCAAUAUUCCCUGAGAGAAUUCGCUGCCAAUAUUCAGGAUUAUCAAUCUAUGCAAUAUAAAGAAUCAAGUAGUCAGUUAAAAAAUGAUGUGCAAUCACUUAGACGUUUUAUAGCACAGCUGACUGAUGAUGAGGAAAAUAAGAAAGGAAAGAAAUUUGGUGUUAGAACCUCCCAAAAUGAGGAAGAAAGUAAAAUAUUAUCAGUUGCAAAAAGAGAAGUUAACAAUGAAGAAGGUUUAACUGAUGAUGCAAACGUUGCUGUGAGUGAUGAGGAAGAAAACAAUGCAGCAAAAACCACUACUGAGAAAGGUGAAAUUGAAAUAAUUGAACAAAAUGGUGAAACAACAACAACAAAAGCAAAAGUCACCACCAAAGCAGAUAUCCCAGCAAUCAAGCCAGCAACUGCAGUAAAACUCGUCACAAAUCCAAAGGUCAUCACAGUCAAACCGACGACACAAGCAAAGAUCACAAAAUUAAACAUCCCACCUGCCAAACCUACUACAGCAGCAAAAAAUUUUGAUGUAACAAAGGGAGCACAGGAUAAAUUAACUGCUGUGCCACACAUUGUCACAGUCAAACCAUCAAAACAAGCAAAGGUCAUCACUAAACCAAAAAUCGCUACGAAACCACCACCACCACCGACAAAACUAGUAACAAAAGAAAAAGUUAUCACUGCAACAAAGACUAAAUUAGAACAAAAAUCACCAACAGGAGCAGUGAAGGUUGUUCCAUCAUCUGAGACUGUGGAGAAACAGAACGAAUCAGAAAUUGUUUCAGUGGAUACAGUAUCGUCUGUUGAUGAGCUCUGCAGUGGUGUCCAGUGUAUGGAGAUAAGUGUACCGCUUGGCAGAAAUAAAGAUGCAGUGUGGGCAUUGGGAAGUCUGACAUUCCUUCUCUUGUUGCUGACUGGUGCUGUAUUGUAUACAGGACUGUGGAAGAAGAGACAUGGUAAACUGAAACGUUGGCAGAAAGCUGACAAGAGAGACUCACUCAGUGUUGCAGCUCUUCUUCGAAAGAAGUCUUCAAGAUCUUUCAACAAUGGUCAUUAUGCUAAUUGUAUGGACAACAAUUUGACCAGAAUUGCUGAGGAGGAUUCAACCGAUGAAGAUGAUGUUAUCUGAUCAACUUUAAUAUAUUUGCAGAUAUGUGAUGUCACAGAUAUGUGAUAUGUCACAGAUAUGUGAUAUGUCACAGAUAUUAGUAAAUUUGGUAAAAUAUAGAUAAGAUAUAAAGGCAGGCCACUCUGGUAACAUGUGAUAAAGGUUGCACAUAAUAAAAAGACAUUUAAAGCAGGGAGUCUUCACCUGCGCAUACGUCAGAUGGUCAUGGCGUGUCAUUGUUUACAAACAAUGGUCCACCCAUGAGCCUUUGCAUUUUUAGCAUGUGUUGUUAUCGUCGCU